UGAGGCGGCGGCGGCGGCGGCUCCGUGUCCCCGCGGCCCGAGCGAGGGAGGCCGGGGCGGAGGCCGGAGAGAGCGGCGGGCGGGCGAACCAUGUGGUUCAUGUACGUGCUGAGCUGGCUGUCGCUGCUCAUCCAGGUGGCCUUCGUCACCCUGGCCAUCGCGGCUGGACUCUACUACUUGGCUGAGCUGAUAGAAGAAUACACGGUGGCCACCAGUCGCAUCAUCAAGUACAUGAUCUGGUUUUCCACAGCUGUGCUGGUGGGCCUCUACGUCUUUGAGCGUUUCCCCAGCUUCCUGAUUGGCAUGGGCCUCUUCACCAACCUCGUCUACUUUGGCCUCCUUCAGACUUUCCCUUUCAUCAUGCUGACCUCGCCCAACUUCAUCCUUUCUUGUGUGUUGGUGGUGGUCAAUCACUACUUAGCGUUCCAGUAUUUUGCAGAGGAAUAUUACCCCUUCUCGGAGAUGACGUGGUCUCCAACUACUUCACCAAAGGCAAACGAGGCAAACGUUCUGGAAUCCUGGUUGUCUUCUCCUUCAUCAAAGAGGCCAUCUUGCCCAGCCGUCAGAAGAUUUACUGACCACUUGGGGAGGGGGCCCAGGGGUGAGGAGGAGGGAGCUGGGGCAGUGAGCCUGGAAUUGGAUCUUCCGUCGUCAUCGUGGAUGUCUGUGGGGGACUCUCCCCCCCCCGGCCCUCUCUCCCGUAUCCCAAACACCCCUAAGGGGUCUUGGUCAGGACCAGAUAAAGCUGAAGGCCAUGUGAUGCGACCUGUACAUUGCUUCCGGAGGAGUCCAGAGCGAGCUGUCUAGGGAGGGCUUGCCCAUCUUUGGACUUUGGGCAACCUUCGGGCCAGGAGGCCGAAAAUUGUCCUUCGUUCCUUCCUCCUGAGACCUGUAAUGGGGAUAGUGGGCCAAGUUCCCUUUCUAGUUCAUCAGUCCCAAAGUACUGGGCUCUGCUUUGGGGAAGGCAGAGAGAGAUGGGCUCUUCUCUAUAGAGGACCCUGAGGGUGGAGCCAUGACUUGGUGCAUUUCCAAAGGAAAUAGCUUUUUGGUGUUGAAUCGAACUGUGAUUUCUGUCAAAGUACAAAUACCCAUUUGAAUAAAGAUUCUAGGUGGCAUUUUUUCCUUAA